AUGGCCAAGGACAAGGAGCGAUCCGUAAAUCCGGCGGCGGCGCACAGGAAACAAGAAAAGCAGAAGAGCCUAAAGAAAGGAAAAGCUGAGGCGCUAGCGCGACGCAAUGAGAAACUUGCGCGCCGCAACCCUGACCGUAUCCAACGACAGAUCGGCGAAUUGAAAUCCGUCGAGGAAACAGGAGGAACAUUAAGACCGCGGGAUAAGGAGGUGCUUGAGGCACUCGAGAAGGAUUUGCGGGCGGUACUGAAGGCCCGUGAAGCACUAGGCGAUAAGGCCCCGAAAUUUCACCCUGGGCGUGGGGAUUAUGGGCAUGAUGGCGGAGACGCAGUGCUUGGGAAGCGGAGGCGAGAUGAAUUUGCCCCGCCUGCAGAUAGUGACAGCAGCGAGACGGAUGAGGAUGUGCGUCGGAUACCUAUGCCCCGCGAUACACCGCCACCAAUUCCACGACAGCCGCGGAAACGGGGCGAGGGAGAUAGGGAACCGGAACGGCGUGGGCCUCAUGCACUUCCAUCUAGGCCACCUGGUCCCGAGGCAAAGAAGGUCUAUGAAGCAAAGCCUGAGAUUCGGGACUUGCGGAAAGAAGCUGUUAAUAAGUUCAUUCCUGCUGCGGUGCGGAUGAAGCAAGAGUCAAUUAGGGGACAUGGAAAAUUGCUUGAGCCAGAGGAGAUGGAUAAACUUGAGAAAGCUGGUUAUUCAGCAGGAACUCAGCAACCUGCUAAGACUGAUGAGCAAAUAUCACUGGAAGAGGAAGAAAGGCGGUUCAAGAACGAACUGAAGACUGUUCAGAUCGAGGAAGUUGAGGAUGAAGAUGCGUAG